GCGGGCACAGGUGUAAGUGAGCGCACAGACACCGGAUUCGUCAGAGACAAACCCCAAAGAAAGACUGUUCUUUUCGGGGUAGGGUUUUAGUGAUUUUAAAAAGGUUUGAUUUUUUUUUAACCUCUGUGUGUUUUGCGCUAACAAUCCAGGAACAAUUAACGCCACGGAGUUAAAAAAAAAUGAAGAUUUUGGGGGUUCUGAGCGUCAUUUUCCUCGGACUUUACAGCGCAGCGGCUGUCACGCAUUCCCUGCGCUACCUGCACUCAGCAUCAUCAGGAAUCCCAGGAUUUCCCGGGUUUGUGACGGUGGUCUUGGUGGAUGGACAGCCGUUCUCCUACUAUGACAGCAACAUCAGAAGGGAGCUUCCCAGGCAGAGCUGGAUGGUCCAAACUGAAGAUCCGGACUUCUGGGAGAGGCGCACGCAGAGCUCCUUUGUUAAUGAACAGGUCUUCAAACGUAAAGUCGCAAUGAUCAAACCGCGCUUUAACCUCACAGGAGGCGUUCACGUUGUUCAGCUGCUGUACGGCUGUGAAUGGGAUGAGGAGACUGGAGACAUCAAGGGUCAGUGGCAGUUUGGCCAUAACGGAGAAGACAUUCUGGCUUUAGACCUGAAGACGAACACAUGGAUGGAAUCAACUACAGUUGCCAGCUUCAGUAACAAAAAUGAAGACUGGGUCAUUCAGAUGAAUAACUAUCUGUCCCAGGGGUGUCCAGAUCAACUUAAGAAGUAUGUGAGCCAUGGUAGGAGCACUUUGAUGAGAACAGAGUCUCCAUCAGUGUCUCUCCUCCAGAAGAAUUUCCUCUCUCCGGUCAGAUGUCACGCUACAGGCUUUUACCCCAACAGAGCUGUGAUGUUCUGGAGGAAAGAUGGGAACGAGAUUCAUGCAGGAGUGGAGAAAGGAGAGAUCCUCCCCAACAACGAUGGGACCUUUCAGAUGAGCGUUGAUCUAAAGCUUUUAUCAGACACACCAGAAAAGGAGGGAUAUGAAUGCGUGUUUCAGUUUUCUGGAGUGAAUGAAAGCAUCAUCACCAAACUAGAGGAGUCAAACAUCAGGACCAACGGACCAAGCCGCUAUGAAGUGAUGGUCUCAGCUGUUAUUGCAAUUCUCAUUUUUGCUGCUGUCAUUGCUGACUGGCUCAUUCUUUACAAACGCAGAAAAGCUGCUGAUCACCUCAACAAAAAGAAGCAAAUCCUUCUUUGAGUCUGAAUGCAAAGACAACCCUCCACUCAGUUUUUAAAUGAAGUCUGCACAGAAAAGAACUAUAAGAUUUUCAUGUGGUAACUAUUAAAAUUAUGUAAUUUAAUCUGACAAAAGAUGUAGUAAAAUUAAUUUAUUUUUGCAAUUGUUUAAAAAUAAGUAUAUUUAAGAAAUUAGUCAAAUAUAAUUAUUACUUUUGUUUUGGAGUUUGGGCUUGACAAUGAUCAGAAAAACAGAAAAGUUAAACUUUUUUUAAUUAUUUAAACCAGACUUCUAUAUGAUGUUUGUUUUUUUAAGUUUGAAGAUUUGUUCCAGGUACUAUUUUUUUAUUUAAUUUUUUCUGUCUUCUAUUAAUGUUAUAAGGGCAAUUUUUAUAUCUCAUCUAAUAAUGCUUGUUCACCAUCUAACCAGGUAGAUACAUGAUUUGUUUUAAGGGAUGGAUACAAUCACAAAAAAGCACACAAGCAGUAAAAAUGUGUCAUGUUUCAUUUUUAAUCAACCCACCGUUUUCUUCACUAUAAAUCUUUUAACCGCCAUGCUUUAUUAUCAUCCUGUUUGGCUUGAAGCAUGAUCUUUAGGUCAAACCUGUUUACUUUUAAAUGUUUGAUUGAUCACCUUAAUUCAUGCAAUGCGUAUUGUUUGCCAAAACUCAGUUGAUGGUGAAGUCAUAGGUGACAAGGAGCAAAGGUUUCCUGACAUGAUGAAUAUUGUUAUUUAAAGAAUCAAAAAUAGAAAAAUGAAAUGAAUGUCCAAUGUGCUGUUGAUGAAAUUAGGGCACACUGUAAGUUGUUAUUGUGAGCAGGUGUAAUAGUUAAAAGAAGUUUUAAAGUAGUACUACAAAAAAAGGUGAAGGCUUUUAUCGUGGUUCUCUGGGGGUCUCCAAUAUUCAAAAGUAGUCUUUGAUAUGGUUUCAAUAAUGAAUCAUGUAUGUUACAUUGUUAAACAGCCAUUGAAUCUCUGGGGGUAAUCUAGUUUGAAAAUGGAAAGUUAACAAAAAUUCUGGUGAUUAAAGUUUACUUGGGGUUUGGCUAAGAAAACACAAGUACAAUGUUUUUUAUGGUACUGUUUUUAUAAAAUAUAUUUGUGCGUUUACUUUAGUCAACUUUGUAAAGCAUUAAAUUUGAUUUAUUAAAAAGUACAGAGAAAACGUUGCUCUUGGGAAUAAACUCGCAAUGGGUCAGAAAAGUAUUGGUGUAAUAUGUGUGUGGAUGCAUAGACUGCAAAAAAUAAAUAAAUAAAAGUAA